AUGGCGACUUGUCAAAUUCGCUUUAAAUUCCUCUUCUCUCGAAUCCUCGAUCACCGAUCACUCGUUAUCUUCAAGGUGCUGGAAUCAAUGAAGACCAGCAGCAGGGGUAAAGGGACUGUAAGAAAGGAAACAAAAGAGGCAUUGAAGCCUGUCGUUGAUAGGAAGUUGGGGAAGAGAAAGGCGGCGGUCAAGGCAGAUAAAAAGCCGGCUAAGAAGGGGAAAGCAGCUAAGAAAGACCCAAACAAGCCCAAGAGGCCCCCAAGUGCCUUCUUCGUGUUCCUCGAGGAGUUUAGGAAGACUUUUAAGAAGGAAAAUCCUGAUGUCAAGGGCGUCGCAGCAGUUGGGAAAGCUGGUGGAGAGAAGUGGAAAUCCAUGAGUGCAGCUGAAAAAGCUCCAUAUGAAGCUAAAGCUGCGAAAAAGAAGGCCGAGUAUGGAAGUCUUAUGGACACCUAUAACAAGAAGCAAGAAAGCUCUGCUGAUGAAGGUGGCGAAGAAUCUGAGAGAUCAAAAUCUGAAGUUCAUGAUGAAGACGAUGAGAGUGGGCAGGAAGAGGAAGACGAGGACGAGGAGGAAGAGGAAGACGACGACGAUGAUGAUGAUUGA